GGCCCGGCCCCGCUCCCCCACGUGUCCGCUGGAGUUUCUCCACCAGCAACAUGGCCGCUGCCUAAGAGAAGAGCCGGGCCGCCGCCGCCUCUGCAGCCCGCGGGUACCUGGGCCGUUGCCGCCGCCCGCGCGCGGCCCCCGCGAAGAGAUUGAGUCCGAGGAUUGUGCGGCUGGCUCCCCCCUAGUAUGGCCAAUGAAGAGGAUGAUCCAGUCGUGCAGGAGAUCGACGUGUACUUGGCCAAAAGUCUGGCAGAGAAGCUGUAUUUGUUUCAGUACCCUGUGCGCCCAGCCUCGAUGACCUACGAUGACAUUCCACACCUCUCAGCCAAGAUCAAGCCCAAGCAGCAGAAGGUAGAGCUUGAGAUGGCCAUCGACACCCUGAACCCCAACUAUUGCCGCAGCAAAGGGGAGCAGAUUGCACUCAACGUGGAUGGCGCCUGCGCGGAUGAGAGCAGCACUUACUCCUCGAAGCUGAUGGACAAGCAGACAUUCUGUUCCUCCCAGAGCACCAGUAACACAGCCCGUUACGCUGCCGCACUCUACAGGCAAGGUGAGCUGCACCUGACGCCCCUCCACGGCAUCCUGCAGCUGCGGCCCAGCUUCUCCUACCUGGAUAAGGCGGACGCCAAGCACCGGGAGAGGGAGGCGGCCAAUGAGGCAGGAGACUCUUCCCAGGAUGAGGCGGAAGAAGACGUGAAGCAGAUCACGGUGCGGUUCUCCCGUCCUGAGUCAGAGCAGGCCCGCCAGCGCCGUGUGCAGUCCUACGAGUUCCUGCAGAAGAAGCACGCCGAGGAGCCCUGGGUGCACCUGCACUACUACGGCCUGAGGGAUAGCCGCUCUGAGCAUGAGCGCCAGUACUUGCUGUGCCAGGGUUCCAGCGGGGUUGAGAACACAGAGCUCGUCAAGUCACCCAGUGAGUACCUCAUGAUGCUGAUGCCGCCCAGCCCGGAGGAGGAGAAAGACAAACCCGUGGCCCCCAGCAACGUCCUGUCCAUGGCCCAGCUGCGCACGUUGCCCCUGGCUGAUCAGAUCAAGAUCCUGAUGAAGAAUGUGAAGGUCAUGCCUUUUGCCAACCUGAUGAGCCUCCUCGGCCCCUCCAUCGACUCUGUGGCUGUUCUGCGUGGCAUCCAGAAGGUGGCGAUGUUGGUCCAAGGAAACUGGGUUGUGAAGAGCGACAUCCUGUACCCCAAGGACUCCUCCAGCCCUCACAGCGGUGUCCCUGCCGAGGUGCUCUGCCGGGGUCGGGACUUUGUUAUGUGGAAGUUCACGCAGAGCCGGUGGGUGGUGAGGAAAGAGGUGGCGGCAGUGACUAAACUGUGCACGGAGGAUGUGAAGGACUUCCUAGAGCACAUGGCCGUGGUGCGGAUCAACAAAGGCUGGGAGUUCAUACUGCCUUACGAUGGGGAGUUCAUCAAGAAGCAUCCAGAUGUGGUCCAGCGGCAGCAUAUGCUAUGGACGGGCAUCCAGGCCAAAUUAGAAAAAGUGUAUAAUCUUGUGAAGGAAAGCUUGCCAAAGAAGCCAGAUGGACAAUCAGGGCCUGCUGCUCUGCUGUCUGGGGACCAGCGGGUCCAAGUGGCCAAAAGCAAGGCCCAGCAGAACCACGCACUGCUGGAACGGGAGCUGCAGCGGAGGAAGGAGCAGAUGCGGGCAUCCUCGGUCCUGCCUGGCGUGCGGAUCAAGGAGGAGCCCAUGAGUGAGGAGGGAGAGGAAGAAGAAGAUGGAGAUGCAGAGGGAGACGAGGAGCCCAUGGACACCUCUCUUGGUGGCAGCCUCCACAACAGGCUGGCCAAUGGGUUGCCUAGCGGGCGGGCGACAGGCGGGGACAGCUUCAAUGGGCACCCGCCCCCGGGCUGUGGCAGCACCCCCGUGGCCCGGGAACUGAGGGCCUUCGUGGAGGCCACCUUUCAGAGACAGUUCGUGCUCACGCUGAGUGAACUCAAGCGCCUCUUCAACCUGCAUCUGGCCAGCCUGCCACCUGGCCACACACUGUUCAGUGGCAUCUCGGACCGCAUGCUGCAGGACACGGUGCUGGCCGCCGGUUGCAAGCAGAUAUUGGUGCCUUUUCCCCCCCAGACUGCUGCGUCCCCAGAUGAGCAGAAGGUGUUCGCCCUCUGGGAGUCUGGAGACAUGAGCGAUCAGCACCGACAGGUUUUGCUUGAAAUCUUUUCCAAAAAUUACCGGGUACGCCGGAACAUGAUCCAGUCGCGGCUGACUCAAGAGUGUGGAGAGGAUCUGAGUAAACAGGAAGUGGAUAAAGUGCUAAAGGACUGCUGUGUAAGCUAUGGCGGCAUGUGGUACCUUAAAGGGACGGUACAGUCUUGACAAUAGUCACAAACCACUACCCCAGUGAAUCCAAGCCCAAGGAAGGACGGCAAAGCCAGCAGAGGUGGCAGUGGUCUUACUGCUUCGGAAGACAUGGAGCAGGAGGAACUGACCAUGCUGCGGCUGGGGCGUUGUGCUGUCUGGCGGACAGCGGGGAUCAUCCUCAGCCAGGGGCAGGGUCAGCUGAAGUUAGAUCGCUCCCAGGAGAGAGGGCAGCCGGGACCUUCGUUACAGUAUAAUUUGGAAUUCCUGAUGUAUUUUAUUAUUUGGUUUCAUUCUCAUAAUAAAGAGAGUGUAUACUGACCACAGGCAGGCUGAUGAAAAUCAUGGUUUAAUAUUUUACUUUUCAAACUUAAUGCCAACAAGGUCUAAGUUAUAUUUACAAGAUGAAGAAAAUGUUUUAAAUAUUUAAAAUGCCUAGAAGCCAGUAUUUAGUCUUCGAUUACCUAAGACUUCUGCCAGUUUCAUUAAACAAACCAAAUUGGAUUGUUUCACUGCUGGGUUUCUGUGGCCACCUUACCUUUUAGGACAAUUUUAUGUAGCAGUCUCAGCUGUUUACAUGAACCCUAGCAAAAAAUCAGAAUCAAAUCCAUCUAUAAUGUUUGCAUAAGGAUGCAAACCAAACCAGGUAAGUAUGAAACAAUGUAUAAGUGAGGUUAUCACACUUUGAUGUAAAAAAUUUAUAUUUUGUGUAUUUUUAAAAUAAAUACUAACACUAACCUGGCA